CGCCUCUCUCUUUUGUCCGUCUUACAGUAACAACCCCAAAAAGAUUCCUGACGUCAGUGCCCAUCUGCUGAAGCCACUACGUACUUCAUUUAAGAAACACUUCACUUCUGUAAGGCUCCGUUAUAGAACCACCAUUCACGAUGCCAGCUUCGCCUGCAUCUUCAACUCGAUCGUCCCGCCGAACAAGACAGACAAGAAAUUCAGAAGCCAGUCCACGUAGCAGUUCACCUCCUUCAGCUGGCGAUAGAAGUUCCAGGAUCAGCUCUCGGAGGAGUGCUGGUGAAAGUGAAGAUGAAUUGGCCACUUCUCCACCCAGCCGCGAUCUUCCACCUUAUGAGGAUGAGAGUGAAGCAGGCCCCCCCAGCCUCAAUGAGAUGGAGGAGGAAGAAGAUGCUGAAGAUCUCUUUGGAGAUAACAUGGAAGCGGAUUACCGCCCAGCCCCGCAUUUGGACCGAUAUGAGAUGGAUAUGCUGGAUCUCUCAGAGUAUUCUGUCAUGUCAGAGGGUGAUAGGCAAGCUGCAGAAGCUGCUUUGCGUCAGAGAGACAAGGAGGAAGGAGUAGCUGGUCGAAUGAGGAGAGGGCUAUUAUAUGAUGAAAGCGAUGAGGAUGAGGACAGACCCAGGCGUCGGAGGCGUCUGGCUGAAAAAUCUGCAGAAGAUGUCAUUCCAGAAGAGGAGGAGAUGAUAGAGAGUAUAGAAAAUCUGGAGGACACCAAAGGUCACACUGUACAGGAGUGGGUAUCAAUGGUUGGCCCUCGCACUGAGAUCUACAACCGGUUCAAGAACUUCCUGCGCACUUAUGUGGAUGAGAAAGGCCACAAUCUCUUCAAAGAUCGUAUAAGGAAUAUGUGUGAAGAGAAUCGAGCUAGUUUUGAGGUGGAUUAUAAUCUUUUGGCUACUGAAGAACAGAUAUUGGCCUAUUUUUUGCCUGAAGCUCCAACUCAGAUGCUGGAGAUUUUUGACAGGGCUGCUAAGGAUGUCACACUGGCUCUUUUCCCACAUUAUGAGCGCAUUGCCAAAGAAAUCCAUGUUCGCAUUUCUGAAUUACCUCUCAUGGAGGACAUUCGUUCUCUCAGGCAACUCCAUUUGACACAAUUGGUGAGGACCCAAGGUGUGGUGACUUCAGCCAGUGGUGUGCUGCCACAGAUGUCACUGGUCAAGUAUGAUUGCACAAAGUGUCAGUAUGUGAUUGGCCCCUUUGUACAGACACAGAACUCAGAGGUCAAGCCAGGAUCUUGCCCUGAAUGCCAAAGCACAGGACCCUUUGCGAUCAACAUGGAGCAGACUGUGUACAAAAACUACCAACGUGUCACUCUACAAGAAUCACCUGGCCAAGUGGCAGCUGGACGCUUACCAAGGGCCAAAGAGGCCAUCUUGCUUGGAGAUCUGUGUGACUCCUGCAAACCAGGAGAUGAAAUUGAGCUUACUGGGGUUUAUACACAUAACUAUGAUGGAUCACUCAACACUGCUCAGGGCUUCCCAGUAUUUGCAACAGUGAUCAUAGCCAAUCAUGUUGUGAGGAGAGACAACAGUCAUGCUUUGGGAACUCUCACCGAUGAAGACAUUAGGGCCAUUGUGGCUUUAAGUCGAGAUGAACGUAUUGGGGAACGCAUUGUUGCUUCCAUUGCUCCUUCCAUAUACGGGCACUAUGAUGUCAAACGUGCAAUGGCUUUAUCCUUAUUUGGUGGACAGGCCAAGAAUCCAGGUCAGAAGCAUCGUGUGAGGGGUGAUAUUAAUGUUCUCAUCUGCGGAGAUCCAGGCACUGCCAAGUCUCAAUUCCUCAAAUACUGUGAGAAAAUUGCUCCAAGGGCAGUGUUCAGCACUGGACAAGGUGCUUCUGCUGUGGGCCUCACUGCUUAUGUCCAGCGUUCUCCUCUCACAAAGGAAUGGACCCUGGAAGCUGGAGCACUUGUUCUGGCUGACAAGGGCGUGUGUCUCAUCGAUGAGUUUGAUAAAAUGAGUGACCAGGAUCGAACAUCAAUUCAUGAGGCCAUGGAGCAGCAAAGUAUAUCUAUUAGCAAGGCAGGAAUUGUGACAUCCCUUCAAGCUAGAUGUGCUGUACUUGCAGCUGCAAAUCCCAUUGGUGGCCGUUAUGAUCCAUCUAUGACCUUUUCCGAAAAUGUGGAUUUGACUGAGCCAAUCUUGUCACGUUUUGAUGUCCUCUGCGUGGUGCGUGACACAGUGGACCCAAUUGAUGAUGAACAACUGGCUCGUUUUGUGGUCAACUCACAUAUGAAGCAUCAUCCAAGGACAAAGGGCGAAGAGGACUCUGCCUUUACUGAAGAUGUUUUUCCUGUCUCUGAAGGAGCCAAUCUUGCUGGAGUUGAAAAAAUUCCUCAGGAUGUGUUGAGGAAAUACAUCAUGUAUGCAAGGGAGAAAGUGCAUCCAAAACUGCACCAGAUGGACCAGGAUAAAGUAGCUCAGAUGUACAGUGAUCUGCGACGAGAAUCUAUGGCCACAGGGAGUGUUCCAAUCACUGUGCGGCAUAUUGAAAGUGUGCUGCGUUUGGCUGAAGCCCAUGCUCGCAUGCAUCUUAGGGAUCAUGUCCGACAGGAUGAUGUUAGCAUGGCCAUGCGUGUUGUCCUUGAAAGCUUCAUCAGUGCUCAGAAGUUUGCUGUCAUGAAGAACAUGAGACGAAAUUUUUCGAAGUAUCUGACAUACAGAAAGGACAACAAUGAACUCCUCCUCUUCCUUGUCAAGCAGCUUGCCAGCGAGCAAGCUGCAUAUCUUCGCAGUCGCUAUGGCACUGAGCAAGAAGUGGUGCAAAUAAAUGAGAAGGACCUUGCUGAUAAGGCAAGGCAGGUGAAUAUCCACAACCUGAAGCCAUUCUUUGGGAGUGAGAUGUUCAAGGCUCACCACUUCACAUAUGACAGCCAGAGGAAGCUCAUCAUCCGAUCUUUCUGAGAUAUCAUGUUUUGUUUUAUUUUUCUUUUCAGUCAAUGAAUUGAAUUGGAGAGAAUGAAGGUGGCCUAAUUCCAUAUGUAACAAAAUGCAUUGAGAAGCUGCUGUUCCUUUUGAAUAAGAAGGAAAGACCCUACACUGAAGUUGGUUUGUCUUUACCUCACUCCAUGGAGGACUAACCCAAACUCCUGAGUUGUCUUUGUUUCACUCAGAAGGAACAGCAUAUUCCAGAUGCACAGGUGCCAUGUAGAGUUGGGUCCCCUUUAUUCUUGCUAAUUCAUUUGGUGUGGG